UGCCGCUUCGCGUCCACGUUUUCCCUCCUGGCGCCCGCCGGGGGUCUCGGUCCCCGGCUGUCACCUGGACGCUCGGGGAUGGCCGUCGGGGCCCCGGUACGGCGGCCCCGGGGAGCCCAUGCCAUGGAGAAGUUGGCGGCCGGGCUGGCGGGCCUGCGCUGGAGCAUGGGCGCCUUCCCGCUCGACCUCAUCGUCAGCCGCUGCCGCUUGCCCACGCUUGCCUGCCUCGGGCCAGGGGAGUAUGCCGAGGGCGUCAGUGAGCGAGACAUCCUGCUCAUUCACUCCUGCCGCCAGUGGACAACGGUGACAGCCCACACCCUGGAGGAGGGUCACUAUGUCAUCGGGCCCAAGAUUGACAUCCCCCUGCAGUACCCAGGGAAGUUCAAGCUCCUGGAGCAGGCCCGGGAUGUCCAGGAGCCAGUGAGGUACUUCAGCAGCGUGGAGGAGGUGGCCAGCGUCUUCCCUGAUCGCAUCUUUGUGAUGGAAGCCAUCACCUUCAGUGUCAAGGUGGUGUCAGGCGAGUUCAGCGAGGACAGCGAGGUGUACAACUUCACCCUGCAUGCCGGCGACGAGCUCACUCUCAUGGGCCAGGCGGAGAUCCUGUGCGCCAAGACCACCAAGGAGCGCUCACGCUUCACCACCCUGCUGCGCAAGCUGGGCCGGGCCGGGGCGCUGGCCGGGGUGGGCAGCGGCCCAGGGGGCACGGGGGCCGCGGGUGGCAGCGGGGGCGCCAGGCCCAUCAAAGGCAAGAUGCCCUGCCUCAUCUGCAUGAACCACCGCACCAAUGAGAGCCUGAGCCUGCCCUUCCAGUGCCAGGGCCGCUUCAGCACGCGCAGCCCACUGGAGCUGCAGAUGCAGGAGGGCGAACACACGGUGCGCGCCAUCAUCGAGCGCGUGCGGCUCCCGGUGAACGUGCUGGUACCCAGCCGGCCGCCGCGCAACCCCUACGACUUGCACCCGGUGCGGGAGGGCCACUGCUACAAGCUGGUCAGCAUCAUCUCCAAGACGGUGGUGCUGGGGCUGGCGCUGCGCCGCGAGGGCCCGGCGCCGCUGCACUUCCUGCUGCUCACCGACACGCCGCGCUUCGCGCUACCGCAGGGCCUGCUGGCCGGGGACCCGCGUGUCGAGCGCCUGGUGCGCGACAGCGCCUCCUACUGCCAAGAGCGCUUCGACCCCGACGAGUACUCGACCGCCGUGCGCGAAGCGCCCGCCGAGCUGGCCGAAGACUGCGCCAGCCCGCGCCGCGCGCGCCUCUGCCUGCCCCCACCCCCGCGCGCCCUCCGGCCCGCCCGCGCCCCCGCCUCCGGCCCCGGCCCGCCCGGCGACGGCGACCAGGAGUACGUGAGUCCCGACUGGGCCGGCGCGCCCGAGCCCGCAGCGCCAGCCGCCGAGAUCCCCUACGAGGAGCUGUGGACGCACCAGGCGGCUGAAGGCCUCGCCGAGGGCAGGACCCGGCCGCUCCCGGGGCCCGACCUCAUCUCCUUCGGGGCCCCCGGGCCGCCCCGCCUGGAGCCCGAGGCGGCCCCGCCUCCAGUGCCUCCCAAAUCCGAGGCGGUGAAGGAGGAGUGCCGCCUGCUCAAUGCCCCUCCUGUGCCCCCCCGAGGUGGCAGUGCCAAUGGCCGGCUCUCGGGCAGUCCCCCGGUGCCCCCACGCUUCCCCAAGCUGCAGCCUGUCCACUCCCCCAGCUCCAGCCUCUCCUACUACUCCUCAGGCCUCCAGGAUGGGGCGGGCUCCCGCAGUGGCAGUGGCUCUCCGUCACCGGAUACCUACUCCCUCUAUUGCUACCCAUGCACCUGGGGAGACUGCAAGGUGGGCGAGUCCCCCAGCCGCCCACGCCCGGGACCCCUGCCCUCGACUAUGCAGCCCAGCCAGGCCUCCCGGGCCCUUGUAGAGCCCCUGAGCAGUGGAGCUGCCUCUCUCUGGGGGGCCGACACCCCAGUCAAGACCUACCACAGCUGCCCGCCUCCAUUCAAGCUCUCCCACCCCCAGAAACGCUUUGCUCCCCUUGGAGCUCUGAACCCCUUUUCCGGGCCUGCCUACCCUCCAGGCCCUUCAGCCGCCUCCUCUUCUGGGCCCACAGCCAGCUCAGGUCCCCUGGCUACCUCCAGCCCCGCUCAUUCCCCGGGCCCAGGCCCUCCAGGCCAGGCCUGUUCAGCUGCUGCCUCCUCCUGCUGUCCCACCUCCUCCUCUUCCUCUGAGCGGCAGACACCCGCCCUGGAGCCCUCUGAUCCCUUUGAGCUGGGCCGGGGCAGUUCUCCAGAGCCGGAGCUGCUGUGCUGUCAGGAGCCCAGAGCUGUGAGGGCUCCUGGGCCUGGGCCUGGGCCUGGGCCUGGGCCUGGGCCUGGCCUUCUGCCACUUGGACCCCCCAAGGCCUCUGAGCCUGAAGGUUUGGUGCUGCGGCAGGUCCCCGCCCCCCUGUCCCCCGUGGCCCUGCAGGGGCCCGAAGCAGGCCGAGCACGACUCCUUCUCACCCAGGGGCGCCUAGAAGGGCCCCCGGCCAGUCCCCAGGAUGGGGCCACAGGCUGGGGCGGCCGGGAUGCCUCCUCCUGGCAGCCCCCCGCUGACCUGUCUGCACUCUCCCUGGAGGAGGUCUCGCGAAGUCUGCGUUUCAUCGGGCUCUCGGAGGACGUGGUGAGCUUCUUUGCCCGAGAGCGCAUUGAUGGCAGCAUCUUCGUGCAGCUCAGUGAGGACAUCUUGGCAGAUGACUUUCACCUCACCAAGCUGCAGGUCAAGAAGAUCAUGCAGUUCAUCAAAGGCUGGCGGCCCAAGAUCUGA